AUAUGGUGGGAUAAAAAGAAUUACAAAACAUUUCCUUGUGAGUUGUUAUUACACGAUUCGUUCGUUUUUGGUGUUUAAAGAUAAGACGUUAAUUGUUAUCUCAACAAAUAUCUAUUCAGGUGUAUUUGUUAACGAAAAUCGUCGAAAAGAAAACUUUAUUUAAAUGUGUACGCACACUUUAAAAAACUACAUAAAAUGCAUAUUGCAUCAAAUUCAUGGCUAGUUAUCGUGAUUUAUGAACUUUGUUACUUAAGUAAUGUGUAUUCGGUGUCUCAACAGAAUAUUGUUAAAACUCCAACUGAGCUUGCACACGAAUCGGACGACAGAUUACUAUUAUUUUCCACCUUAGAUGGUAAUUUACACGCUGUGGAAAAGCAAACAGGAAAAAUUAAAUGGAGAAUAAACGAUAAACCUGUCGUUCAAGUCCCCGUAAAUACGAGUGAUGCAAUUGUACCUCUAUUCCUUCCUGAUCCUCGCGAUGGAUCUUUGUAUUUACUCGGAGAUGCCAGGGAACCGCUUAAAAAGUUACCGUUUACUAUUCCGCAAUUGGUUGCGUCAUCUCCGUGUCGUAGUACCGAUGGAAUUCUUUAUACGGGAAAGAAAAAGGAUACUUGGUUCUCUUUAGAUCCAACGACGGGUCAAAAACAUCACAUCUUAAGCUGGGAUAAUAUCAGCCCAACUUGUCCCGCGCCAAGUUCCGAAGCUGUUUAUGUUGGGAGAACUCUUUACUCAAUAAUGAUGGUUGAUAGUAAGCAUAAUAAUCGAAAAUGGAAUGUGAGUUUUUACGAUUAUGCUGCUAGCCCCAUGAGUAAAGAUAUGCUUUUUGCCUAUAAUUUUGCUCAUUUCACUUCAACUUCAUCUGGGAGAAUCGUUACGAUGGAUCGAAGACAAGGCGGAUUAAUUUGGGAGUUGGAUUUAAAAAGUCCGGUUGUUGCAGCUUAUAUUUUAGAUCCGAACGGUUUGUUAUCGCUGCCUUUAACAGCGAUGGCUAACGCAACUUUAAAACAUUUGACAUCACAUUUAUUGACUCAACAACAACCAUCGUUCGAUACCCAACUAUCCGAUAUGAAACUUUAUCCAACGAUUUAUAUCGGGGAACAUCCUUACGGGCUUUAUGUCUUACCUUCGUUGGUGGAUCAAAAUUUGGUUAAAAUUUCCGCUUCCGAAAUUGGUCCUUUAGUUUUGGAUGGUUUGGGAAACGCGGAAUCGCCGAAAAUUUACUCGGAUUUUAAAAAUUAUGGAAUUUCGCAAGGUUAUUAUAAAAUGGAUUUGUCAUCGUUUCAAAGUCUCCCUGAAUUUCAAGAUCACGCAAUCAUUUUUAUUGGGCAUUACAACGUUCCCGAAUACAGCGCAACCAAAUUAAUGAUUGCCGGCUCAACGAAUGCUCAAUUAAAACUUUUAACAGACGCAAGUUCGCCGUCGAUAAAUAAUAAUAUUUUGGAACCACCUUCAUUAAAUAAUCCUUCAAUUGGUGUUCAAACUGACGAUGAAAAUAUAAACAAUAUAAAAGAAGAAGGAACAACUUCAAAUGACCAAUUUAAUAUUGUUUAUUUGAUUCAAUGUGGUUAUGAAUCAUCAAAAGAGUGGUUAAACCAACAAGAUAGUAAAGGUUUAAAAUUGAUGGUGAUUAUUUUGGUUGGUUGUGUGAUUGCUAUGUUUUGGUACCUUCAAAUGCAAGUGAGAGAAUUCCAACAAUGGUCUCAAAACGGUUCCCGCGGUAGCCAAAAUAGCUCGUUUGAAAGAAACGGGUCCAUAACGGCGAUGCCGGAAGAAUUAGAAAACGGAAUCGUUCGUGUUGGGAAGAUUUUAUUUAACCCUGAAGAAUUAUUAGGGAAAGGAUGUGAAGGAACGUUUGUUUAUAAAGGAGAAUUUGAUAAAAGAAAAGUCGCAGUUAAACGAUUACUCCCUGAGUGUUUUAAUUUUGCAGAUAGAGAAGUAGCUUUAUUAAGAGAAAGCGACGCUCACCCAAACGUUAUUAGAUAUUACUGCACGGAACAAGACCGAAUGUUUCGAUACAUCGCCCUUGAGCUGUGCCAGGCUACUUUACACGAUUACAUUCAGGGAAAAUGCGAAAGAAAUUUGAGUUCGUUACAAAUCUUGUAUCAGGCUACUUCAGGACUGGGACAUUUGCAUUCAUUAGAUAUAGUUCAUCGAGAUAUAAAACCCCAAAACGUUUUAUUAUCAAUUCCUAAUGCCAAAGGGGAAGUUCGCGCGAUGAUCUCCGAUUUUGGACUUUGCAAAAAACUUCAAGUCGGUCGAGUAUCGUUUUCGAGGAGAUCUGGAGUUACAGGGACUGAUGGGUGGAUUGCUCCAGAAAUGUUAUGUAAUACAAAUCGAACGACGUACGCAGUAGAUUUAUUCUCACUUGGUUGCCUUUAUUACUACGUAUUAUCUGAAGGUGGUCACCCGUUUGGUGAUGCUUUACGCCGUCAAGCUAAUAUCCUUUCUGAAGAGUACAAUUUGGACGAUUUAAAAUCGCCUCAAUGGCAAAUAGCGGUCCAAAGGCCGCUAAUUGCAGCUUUGAUCUCAUCUCGUCCCCAUUUAAGACCUUCUUGUAACACCGUGCUAUCUCACCCAAUGUUCUGGAAUAGUAGCACUGUUUUAGCUUUUUUCCAAGACGUAAGCGAUCGUGUGGAAAAAGCCGAACCAGACGAUCCCGCAUUAUUAAAAUUAGAAGAAAACGCGGAGCGAGUUGUUAAAAAAGAUUGGAGGUAUCACGUCCACGAUGAAGUUGCGAAUGAUUUAAGGAAAUAUCGGUCGUAUAAAGGCGAUUCUGUGAGAGAUUUAUUAAGGGCUUUGAGAAAUAAGAAACACCAUUAUCGCGAGUUAUCGCCAGAAGCCCAAUUAUCUUUAGGUGACGUUCCAGAAGCGUUUACGAGAUAUUGGACGUCGAGGUUUCCUCUUUUAUUGUUACAUUCAUGGCACGCAAUGCAAUGCGUCUCCCACGAAAAAAUUUUUGUGCAAUAUUAUCCUUCAAGGUAUCAAAUCAGCCAAGAUAUAAUCGACGCUGAAUUAAACGAUUUAAUACAAUUUGAAGAGAUUGAUAUAUUCGAAGAGAAUUUAUUGUUUAAAGAUAGCCCAAAGAAAAAUAAAUUUAAAUACGGGAAAUAUCGAAAUUCUUUCUCGAAGGAACGUCCAAGACAAAGAAACUAUGACGACGGAAAUGUUCAAGAAAACGUCGGAUUAUAUCGUAAUUUAAGAAGUAAUGAUAAAAAAAUGCAUAAAGAAAUUAAAUUUGUACAAAAGAAAAAGAAAGCGAGUGACGAACCUUUGGUUUGGGCCACUCAGGAUAUUUAUAAGGAUUAGGUUAAAGAAAAACUGUUAAAAGAACAGUAUUAAUUUACUUAUUAGUUUUGAAAUACUUUUGUUAUUAAUUUUACUGUUCUUAAACAAUAACAGUACACUAUUUGGUAAAUCACUGUGAUAUUUAUUCGAUUUUAAGAUUUUAGCACUGUUUCGACGACAAAGGACCAAGUUAAUUUGUGUAAAUCGAGAUAUUUUAAUAAAAAUUCACAUAAAAUUAAA